AUGCCCUCAUUGCUGAAGUACGUGUGCAAGCUGAAGACCGUGCUGAUCUUGUUCUGCACCCCCAUCCUGUUGCUGCCACUCAUCUUGGUGGUCCCAGGAAAGGCUGUCAGAUGUGCCUAUGUCAUCUUCCUCAUGGCCAUCUACUGGUGCACGGACGUCAUCCCCAUGGCCAUCACCUCUCUCUUGCCUGCCUUGCUCUUUCCACUCCUGAAGAUAAUGGGCUCCAAGCAGGUGUGUGUCCAGUAUAUGACAGACACCAACAUGUUGUUCGUGGGCAGUAUGAUUGUGGCCGUGGCUGUGGAGCGCUGGAAUCUGCACAAGAGGAUUGCUCUGAAAACAUUGCUCAUAGUGGGAGCCAGGCCCACACGUCUGAUGAUGGGCUUCAUGGGUGUCACAGCCUUCCUGUCUAUGUGGAUCAGCAACACGGCAACCACAGCCAUGAUGGUGCCCAUUUUAGAGGCCAUGCUGAGGCAGAUGGAAAUGACAACUGCAGCUGUGGAGAAGCCAACCGAGAUGGAGGAAAGGGGCCGAGGCAGUGAGUUGCCAGGCCUUGGGCACAGCUUUUAUAGCCACUCUGCAGAGAAGGCAAUAUCCACGGAGAAAAAGAAUAUGUACAAGGCCUUGAACCUGUCUGUGUGCUAUGCAGCCAGCAUUGGGGGAACAGCCACGCUGACGGGGACAGGACCUAACGUGGUGCUCCUGGGCCAGAUGCAGGAAUUAUUUCCUCAUAGCAAAGAUGUCUUGAACUUUGCCUCAUGGUUCGCAUUUGCCUUCCCCAACAUGCUGCUCAUGCUGUCAUGCAGCUGGCUGUGGCUCUACAUCUUUUACAUGAGAUCUAGGCCAGAGAGAAAGAACAAGUGUGCCAUCAAUUUCUGGAAGUACCCUGGUACCAUCCAUGCGGCCGUCAGCCAGCUCUAUUGUUUCAGACAUGGUGCCAUCAGAGGGAAGAGGACAAAGGAGGGCGAAACAGCAGCCUACCUUGUGCUAGAGGAGGAGUACCGUAAACUGGGGGCCUUGUCCUUCCCCGAGAUCAGCGUGAUGCUGUGCUUCCUCCUGCUCAUCGUCCUGUGGUUCACCCGAGACCCUGGCUACAUGAACGGCUGGCUGUCCAUUGCUUGGAUAGAAGGGGAGAAGAAGUAUUGCACAGAUGCCACAGCAGCUGUCUUUGUGGCUGUCUUGCUAUUUGUUUUUCCUUCAAAGAUGCCCAAUUUUAACAUCUUCAACAAGUCUGAAGCAGAGCAGGCUGGACCCUUUACCCUACCUCCUUCCCCCGUCCUCCUGGGAGAAACUGUCAGCUGAAACAACAUCCCUCCUGUGUGUGUCCAGACCUCAGGCCUCUCUGAGUGGAUGGGGAAGCAGCUGGAACCCAUGGGGGCACUGUCUCCAACCCUCAUCACCUUGGUCUUGGCAUUACUCGUGGCCAUGUGUACUGAAUGCACAAGCAACGUGGCCACCACCACCCUGUUCCUACCCAUCUUCGCCUCCAUGGCUCGCUCCAUUGGCAUCAAUCCACUGCUGGUCAUGCUACCCUGCACACUGAGCGCAUCCUUUGCCUUCAUGCUGCCUGUGGCCACCCCACCAAAUGCCAUCGUGUUCUCCUACGGACAUGUCCGGGUUUCUGACAUGAUGAAAACUGGAGUCAUGAUGAAUAUAAUUGGAAUCUUCUGUGUGCUUUUGUCUGUCAACACCUGGGGACGGCCCAUAUUUGACUUGAGUCACUUUCCUGAGUGGGCUAAUUUGACAUCCAUUGACACUUAG